AUGUGCAAUGCAGGCAAAAUGUUGCUAAAAUUAUUGAAACCAAAGAACCACGACUCUAAGGAGCUUUUACAAAAUGCCCUUAAGGAUUUACGCUUAAUUGUAUCUGAAAUAAAACACAGUCUAUGUCCAGCUUUUCCAGCAUUCCAAGAUUUGCUACGCUAUCAGUUUGAAUCUCAGGGAAAGCUUGUUCGUCCAUUGCUUGUUACUCUCGCAGCAGCGUGCGCAAAUUCACACAUAGAAUGCAACACUCCCCUUAUUGUGAGAUAUGAUUCACCUGUAUCAAGCCAUGCUAGGAAUCUGGCAUAUUUAGUCUCUCCCAAACAACAUGAGAUUGCCAAAAUCACAGAAAUGAUCCAUACAGCAAGUCUUAUCCACGAUGACUUGAUUGACUCAGCACCUGUCCGAAGAGGGAAAACGUCGGCUUAUAAAGCCUUUGGACAUAGAGAGGCAAUUUUGGGAGGCGACUUCAUACUGACUCAUUCAUCUCGUUUAUUAGCCCAGAUAGGAGAUACUGGAGUGAUAGCUGUUCUUUCUCAAGUUAUUGAAGAUCUCAUUCAUGGCGAAAUGAUGCAGCUUGCACCCAACAGCGAUGAUGAUGAUAGAAGGUUUCAAACUUAUCUGACGAAAACCUACCGAAAAACAGCGAGUCUUAUUGCUAACAGCUGUAAAGCAGUUGCUAUGUUGACUGUCCCAACGCUAUCACAGCGGCACAUUGAUAAUAUGUACGAAUUUGGCAAACAUUUGGGAAUGGCAUUUCAAUUAAUCGAUGAUGUUUUGGACUUUGUAACUGAUGAGGCGAACCUGGGCAAACCUAGUGGGGCAGACCUACAAAUGGGUCUUGCAACGGGACCCGUGUUAUUUGCUGCCCAAAGAUAUCCUGAACUAAACGCCAUAAUGCUGCGGCAAUUCAGUUUAGAUGGGGAUACUGAAAGAGCUCUAGAAUUAGUUAAACAGUCCGAUGGAGUUGGUCAGACUCGAAUGUUAGCUGAAUUUCAUUUCCAGGCAGCUCAAAGAUGUUUAUUUCAAUUCAGGGAUUCUUUAUCAAGAAAGGCUCUUUUACAUGUUGCAGCGAAUUUCCUACAACGUGAUCGAUAA